UAAAAACAAAUGAGCAGUUUUGCCUGAUAUCAGUUUAGUGGAAACAUUUUCUAGCUAAAGUUUUUUCUUGUACUUGUGAUUUCAACUCUAGAAAUGGAGAACAUAGAGAGUUUUAAAAAAAGAAGCGGAACCACGGAUAGAGGGAAGGAAUAUGAGGAUGUGGUUCUUGCUUUUGUUAUCCUAGAACUGGUAAAAGACGUCGCAAUAAAGAACUUUCAUGUUUCGUCAAAUGAAGAGGGGUUCGGAGCUUUUGAUGACAUAGUUAUUAAAACUGAGUCGGAUAAGGGAAACGAAAUAAAAGCAGUACAGUUAAAACACACCGAAAAUAGAAUAUUAUCCACAAAAAAUUUGAUGUCCAAAACAGGAGACUUCAGCAUUGGGAAAUAUUUCAAAACAUUUCAAGAAAUUAAGAAAGAUGCAAGCGAAUUUAUAUUAUAUACUAACAGACCAUUUACGUAUGACGACAAUACAACAUUUCAAUUAGUUGAAGAAGAAUUUUCUAUUAUUACUGUUAAAGUAAAAGCUGCUUCAGAACUUGCAGAGAUAGAUUCUGCCUAUCAGUUUAAAAUAAUAGAAGAAGAUUGGAAUGUUGAAAUGCUUCUCAAAAUUCGAGAAUAUCAAAAGUUUUUUAGUAAGUUUUAUCUGUAUACCGAUCAAAAAAAAGUUGAAAGUCUGAAAAAGAGUGUAACUGAAAAUUUCAAAACAACAUAUUAUUCGGAUGAGGAAAUAUUCGAAAAAUUCCUCAAAAGACUGUCUGAGUGGAAUAUCCAAGACGGGAACAAAGAAAAGCUCAACAAAAAGUGGAUGGAACGUGUAAUCGCUCUAUUGCUUCUAUCUUCCCAUAUUGAGCCCCUAUCUUCUGGCUCAGUUAAUGUCAACUCCGGUAACGAUAAAGUGAAAAUAUUUCAAGAAGCUGUUUCCUUCUUCGAUAUUACACUACUUGAAAAAGAAUCGUACGAAAAGCUUAAACCAGUGUGGGAUGACAUUAGAAAAGAAAAAAACUUUGACUUUACAGAAUUAAAUAAAAUAAGAAAAAGGUACUUCCCAGCAGUCAGUUAUAUUGUUAAUAAAAACAUCGACAAAAUAGAUCCAAGGAUAUUUAUUCAACUAUUAUGGUUAACAGACAAGUGUCCAUUAAUAAUCCGUCAACAUGAGAACGUCGAAAAGGCCAUCCAGCUCUGUCCCGAUAAAAAGUUCAUCCUAAUUGGCGAAGGCAAGAAUGAGGAGUGGAUGAAAAUCUAUUCCGUUUUCCAAAAUCUAUCAAACUUGAUUCAAAAACCCGAUUUACACGAAAGAAUUAUGCAAAAUUUUACCAUAUCGCUCCAAGGAAAGGGAGAAAUUAAUCUUGCAACAGCUUUUGGAAAUAGCGAUAAAUUUUUACAAAGUGUCACAACGGAUAACUUAGUGGAAAUGCUAAACGAUCCGUGUUAUAUAGGAGGAGUAAAAGAGAUUCUUCCUGAACCUUAUAUUGAGCGGAGUCUUUCCCGAAAUAUUAUCAACAUUAAAUACCUUAAAAAAUUUUGGAAAAAUACAAUUAUUAUUUUAAAUUGCGCCGAUAAUUUUGAUAAAGUCAAAGACGAACUCACACAGUGUAAAAUAAUUGACAUCAAUAACUUCUUACAGAAAAAAACUCAGAAUUUUGAAAAUCAAACAAAUGAAAUUUAUGUGCCUAAAUUUAAUCCAACUCAAUAUAAAACUAACUUUAAUUCGAAUAAAUCAAAUUUGAGCAAUACAGUUUAUAUGGCUAAUCGUAAUUUAACUGAUUUAGAACUAGAACAAAUUUACAAUGAAAAUAGAGAAGCCAAACAAAUUCACUAUUUUAAACUCUCCGAAGAUUGUAAUUUAGAAUGGAUUAAAACUGCAGGUGAUGUUGGUGAUUUAGAGCUUUAUAAGUUAUCUGGGAAAUACUGUACGACCGAAAAUGAACUGUGGUCUUCUCGGCUAGAUAAUAACAUAAAUCUAAUAUGUGGUGAUCCGGGCAUAGGGAAAUCCGAAUUAAUGAAAAGUUUCAAAAAUAAAUGUUCACCGAAAUAUUGGACAAUUAUGAUUAGUCCUAACGAUGUGCACUCAUUUUUUGACAAUUCUAAAUUUUCCAAAACAACUAACUCUAUAGAUUUGUUUGAAAAAUUUAUCGCUGAUGAAAAAUGUCGGGUACUUCAAAGACUCGAACGAAGAUUUUUUGAAAUGUGUGUAGAGAAAAAUCAUGUAAUUUACGUGUGGGACGCGCUCGAUGAAAUUGUAGGAGAACAUUUAGACUCCGUUUCGAAAAUAAUCGUCGGCUUCUCAUCAAAAGGUUUCCUUCAGUGGGUAACAAGUAGAAGACAUUUAAAACCAUUUCUAGAAAAAAAAUUCAAUUUGUUGGCACUUAGUAUAAAUCAGUUAGACGAACAAGAACAACAAAAUUAUGUAAGAAAACGUUUAGCUUCUUUCAUUUCUGUAGACGAAAUUGAGAUCGCCAUCGACAAAAUUAAAUCAUCGUUCGCGAUUAUCGAGCACAUUAAUAUAUUGGGAAUUCCGCUUCAGAUCUUCAUGGUUACCGAAUUGUUUCGUCAAAACAAAGACAAAUAUUUGAAACUAAUGGAAAAUAUAUUUCUUUUGACUGAUUUAUACGAAUACUUCAUAGAAGAAAAGUUUAACAAUUUUUACGAAGGUAAAUUAGGUUUUGAUCACACAAAUCCUCACAUGAAAUAUAGAAUUCGCGAAGAAAAACGAAAAGCUUUAGAUCAUUAUGAAAGAAUGGCGUUUACUGUAAUCUUUCCGGAAGAUAUUUUGAAACGAUUAAACAUUAACAUUGACAAACACAGAGAGAAAAUUUUACGGAAAUAUGCGUCAGUUGGUCUGGUAAAUGAAUUUCAAAAUAAUGUGCCACAUUUUGUUCAUGGUUCUUUUGCCGAAUACUUAGUUGCUACAUAUUUUUCGAAAAAUUUUAAUGUAAUUAGGGACACACUCGGGGACAUAAUAUUUGACGCAAAGUAUAACAAUGUUCGUUUUUUUUUCGACUUGUUGUUAGCCAAAAACUCUAAGGCUCACGUCUCAGUGUUAUACAAAAAUUAUGAGUUGCUUAAAACCUAUAAUGACGAAACUUUAACACGUAAAGAUGAAGGUGGUAGAAGUGUUUUACAUGUGAUUUCUUCAUGGGGACAAAGACAUCCUCGUGUGAAAGUAACCGGUAAAAGUGGAGAGUAUGUAGUGCACGAAGACAACAACUUUGAUAAAAAAGCAGAAACCCAGGCAUAUUUUGAAAUGGUAGGGUACUUACAAAACAAGAGUACUGUUGACGAACACGAUGUCUUGCUAGAUAUGACGCCGUUGGCUUAUGCCAGGAAAAGUGAGAGCUUAGGGGCGGAAAUAAAGUUACUUCAAACUAAACGAAAUGACCUGAAUCGUCAAUUAAGUACUGUUGAUGAUGUAAUUAAUAUUUUCUAUUAUUCUUCUUUACUCGGAUAUGACGAAGUGUGUGAACUUUUCACAGUUGAAGAGAGGAAGAGACGAAACCAUUGGUACGAAACAAAAUUUGUAACUGCGGAACAUGGUGAAACAUCUCUUUUAUUGGCAUGUGGAAGUGGUCAUCUAAAAGUCGUUAAGUACUUAUUACAAUUUGAUGAAGAAAUAGAGCAGCACUCCAAUAAAAUUGGUGAGACAACAAUUGUUGAUAAUCCUCUCGAAUGCUUCGUGAAGGUAGACGCUAAAGUAAAUCGCCCUACUGAAAACGGUGGGACACCACUUUUGGUAGCUUCCGAAAUGGGUCACGAAAAAGUUGUCGAAUUCUUGGUGUCAGUCGGUGCCGAAAUCAAUCGCCCUAUGAAUGACGGGUUUACGCCACUUUUGAUAGCCUCACAGAACGGCCACCUGAAAGUAGUUGAAUACUUGCGGACAGUCGGUGCCGAAAUCAAUCGCGCUAAUAAAGAGGGCGGUACACCACUCUUCAUAGCUUCCCAAAUGGGCCACGAAAAAGUUGUCCAAUACCUGGCAACAGCCGGUGCCGAACUCAAUUGCGCUCUUAAAGAGGGUGUGACACCACUUUACAUAGCUUCCGAAAGAGGUCACGAAAACAUUGUCGAAUACUUGGCGACAAUCGGUGCACAAAUUAAUUGCGCUACUAAAGAGGGUGCGACACCACUUCAUGUAGCUUCCCAAAACGGCCACGAAAGGGUUGUUGAAUACUUGGCCACAGUCGGUGCCGAAAUCAAUCGUGCUAUGAACGACAGCUCGACACCACUCUAUAUAGCUUCCCAAAUGGGCCAUGAAAAAGUUGUUGAAUACUUGGCGACAGUCGGCGCCGAAGUCAAUCGCCCUACAAAAGGGGGUGCAACACCACUUUACAUAACUUCGCAAAUGGGACACGAAAAAAUUGUCGAACUCUUGGCGACAGUCGGUGCUGAAAUCAAUCGCGCAAUGGACGACAGCUCGACACCACUUUACAUAGCUUCGCAAAUGGGCCACGAAAAAGUUGUCGAAUACUUGGUAGCAGUCGGUGCCGAAGUCAACUGCGCCAUUACAAAGGGUGCGACACCACUUUACAUAGCCUCACAAAUGGGCCACGAAAAAGUUGUCGAAUGCUUGGCAACAUCCGGCGCCGAAAUCAAUCGCGCUGGGAUUGAAAAUGCGACAUCCCUUUACGUAGCUUCACAAAACGGCCACACAAAAGUUGUCGAAUACCUGGUAACAGUCGGCGCCGAAAUCAAUCUUGCUACGAUUGACGGUGAGACACCAGUUUACAUAGCUUCCCAAAUGGGCCACGAAAUAAUUGUCGAUUACUUGGUGACAGUCGGGGCCGAAAUCAAUCGCGCUACUAAAAAGGGUGCGACACCACUUUACAUAGCUUCGCAAAUGGGGCACGAAAAAAUUGUCGAACUCUUGGCGACAGUCGGUGCUGAAAUCAAUCGCGCAAUGGACGACAGCUCGACACCACUUUACAUAGCCUCGCAAAUGGGCCACGAAAAAGUUGUCGAACUCUUAGCGACAGCCGGCGCCGAAAUCAAUCGCACAUUGGAAGACGGUAUGACACCACUUUAUGUAGCUUCACAAAACGGCCACAGUGAGGUUGUCAAAUACCUCGCGGCAGUCGGCGCCGACAUCAAUCGCGAUUGUAAAGAGGGUGUGACACCAAUUUACAUAGCUUCCGAACAAGGUCACGAAAAGGUUGUCGAAUACUUGGCGGCACUCGGCGCCGAAGUCAAUCGCGCUACUAACGUGGGUGGGACACCACUUUUCAUAGCUUCCCAUAAUGGUCACGACAGAGUUGUCGAAAACUUGACGAUAGCUGGUGCCGAGAUCAAUUGCUCUAUGAAUGACGGUACGACACCACUUUACUUAGCUUCACAAAACGGUCACAAGAAAGUUGUCGAACACCUGGUGACAGCCGGCGCCGAAGUCAAUCGCGCUACGAAUGACGGUCGAACACCACUUUACAUAGCUUCCCAAAUGGGCCACGAAAUAAUUGUCGAUUACUUGGUGACAGUCGGGGCUGAAAUCAAUCGCGCUACUAAAGAGGGUGCGACACCGUUUUUUAUAGCUUCCCAAAUGGGCCACGAAAAAGUCGUCCAUUACUUGGCGACAGCCGGCGCCGACAUCAACCGGGCCAUGAAUAACGGUUCAACACCACUUUACAUAGCCUCACAAAUGGGCCACGAAAAAGUUGUCGAAUGCUUGGCAACAUCCGGUGCCGAAAUCAAUCGCGCUGUGAUUGAAAAUGCGACAUCACUUUACGUAGCUUCACAAAACGGCCACGCAAAAGUUGUAGAAUACCUGGUAACAGUCGGCGCCGAAAUCAAUCUUGCUACGAAUAACGGUACGACACCAUUGUACAUAGCUUCACAAAACGGUCACGAAAAAGUUGUCGAACUCUUAGCGACAGCCGGCGCCGAAAUCAAUCGCGCUACGAAUGACGGUAUGACACCACUUUAUGUAGCUUCACAAAACGGCCACCGUGAGGUUGUCAAAUACCUCGCGGCAGUCGGCGCCGACAUCAAUCGCGAUUGUAAAGGGGGUGUGACACCAAUUUACAUAGCUUCCCAACAAGGUCACGAAAAGGUUGUCGAAUACUUGGCGGCACUCGGCGCCGAAGUCAAUCGCGCUACUAACGUGGGUGGGACACCACUUUUUAUAGCUUCCCAUAAUGGUCACGACAGAGUUGUCGAAAACUUGACGAUAGCUGGUGCCGAGAUCAAUUGCUCUAUGAAUGACGGUACGACACCACUUUACUUAGCUUCACAAAACGGCCACAGGAAAAUUGUCGAACACCUGGUGACAGUCGGCGCCGAAGUCCACUGCGCUACGAAUGACGGUGAGACACCACUUUACAUAGCUUCCCAAAUGGGACACGAAAUAAUUGUCGAUUACUUGGUGACAGUCGGGGCUGAAAUCAAUCGCGCUACUAAAAAGGGUGCGACACCCCUUUUUAUAGCUUCCCAAAUGGGCCACGAAAAAGUCGUCCAUUACUUGGCGACAGUCGGCGCCGACAUCAACCGGGCUAUGAAUAACGGUUCAACACCACUUUACAUAGCCUCACAAAUGGGACACAGUAAUAUUGUCGAGUACCUGACGACAGGCGGCACCGAAAGCCAUCGCCCUACGGAUAAUGGUGCGACACCACUUACCACCUCUUCUAGCUUGCCACAAAGGUCACGAAGAAUUCGUCGAGCAGUUAGAAGAAUAAAAAACAAAGAAUAAUUGUAACCAGAGCUUCACGUACACAUCUUUGUACAAAUUUGUACGAUUUUUUUUCCGGGCUCUCAGCAUUUUCUUUACUUUUUUUUGCCUUCAUGUUCUUGUUUCUGGGACAGCAUCGUCUUCAUUUUGAAUUCUAACUUUUUCGUUAUUUCAGCUCUGCACUCAUAGUUAAACCAAUGUUUUCUGCGGUGCCGAUUAUUUCUUGGCAGAUUCGUCCUUGUUGCUUCUUUUAUGGUAUUUGUUAAAUUGAUCCAUUUUUCUACUAGGCGAUUUUGGGUUAGGCGCUACUUCGUUACUAUAGUUCUGCAUCAUCUCGAAGUUUUUUAAUUCGUCUAUACUGGAUUUAGGAUCUUAUUUCUGUUCUACUUUGUUUUCUUGCUUGAAACAGUCUUUCCGUUUUAUUCCUACUAGAAAGUAAUCGGAAUCUAUUUCUGCACCUCUGGAUGUUUUAACUUUAGUAACUCUCUUUGCAUACCCUCCUUGUACUAGGAUGUGGUAUAUCUGAUUAGUUUUAUUACUCCCUGGUGUUGUUCAAGCCUCUUUAAAAAUACUCUUUCUUGUAAAAUGUGUGCUAAGAAUGACGAUGCAACAACAAGUUCUCCAAACGGUUUCGUAGUAGUUUAAUGAAGCAAAGACAGUGUACCAUAGUGUUAUUAAGUAAAUAUCAGUUAUCUUUCAGAAAAUAUAGCGUUUGGUAUUUUUUUUUAAUUGUCGCAAUAAAAUUAAGUGAAUUCAUUGUGGAACAGUUGCGAUGAGUUUUACAAUAAACCCAGUUCUACACGUAAAUUGUUAAUGUACGGGUAAUCUAAUAAGUCUACUCAAUUGUACUAUACUUUUUGGAGUCCAGCUCAUUACACUUUCGUUCUUCGUUGGAAUCUUAUAUUGUUGCUAUUAUUGCUUUUAUCCGUGUUGGAAUGUAAAAGGUUUUUCCAAAACUAAUCCCAAAAAUAAAAAUCUACCUAUGUCUGAAAUCACCAGCACUUAAAAAUUCCUCUACAUCACAGCAUCGCCUCUGUUUUUCUUUUAGUUAUUAUAAGUUUGAGCAAAAAUUAAAAUUCGUUAGUAACAGUACACUUUCUAUUAUGAAUGAAACAAGACCUUCAGAUAAAAUAGUUUUGUGUUUUCUCCUUUAUUCAAUAAACAGAAAGCAAUGCAUGAGAUCGUUUACCAUCUUCCUAAAUAUUUUCCUGACUUAGUUUUACGACAAGUUAAAAAUGUAACAUGCAAAAGAACAACCAAUAAAUUGAAGAAAUAAUUUAGGUAAAUAUGUUCUAUAUCGUGAAAACAAAAUGCAAAAAGUAUCGUCCAGAAUCGCUUCUUCAGUUACCUCAUAAGUCACAAAUUGUAACAAAAAUUUAGCCUUAUUAUAAACUGGACUACAAGUGAAGCUGUAUACAUAUAAAUAGCGAAGCAAAGACGUACACAAGCAAGAAGAAAUUAUGAAAUGCUUCCGCCUUCUAGAAAACAAAACUGACUCAAGUGAUGUUGUGAAUAUGGGUUUGGAAAUUGACGCUGAAGUCUCCAAAAUGAUGCAUCUGUGGUUGUUACUUUAUUACUCCUCGCCGUGGUUGGUACCUAUACUAAGUGCCCAAAUUCAACAAUACAUUUAAUAGGCUUAGGGAAUGCAGGAUCACCUUCAAGAAACUAAAGAUCUUUUCGAACACUUCAAGAAAUUCCCCUUCCAGAACUCGUUCUGCUCAGUUAUAAUUUUGUUCCUGUAAGAAAGCAAAUUGAGCUCUCUUUUGGUAACUUUAAUAAGUCACUGUUAGAAAAAUAGGGAUGGAGUGUGCAAACAAGGCGUCAGAAUAACAGGACUGCGGUUCUUUUUGCUAUGGGUUUGUUCUAGGAGCGCAUAAUGGUGUAAAUAAAUGCAUACACCUCCUCCUCUUCCUGAUUUACGAUCAGGGCAUCGAGAGAGCUCUCUAGUCUGGUUAUCCCGAGCGUUUGCGCGAAAAACUUCACGCGAAAGGAAAAAGUCCAAAAGAACAAUGCUUCGUUUCCUACUGGUUUACUUGUUGGUACAUGAAAAGCUUGCGAGGAAAACUGGCCGGUUUUAACAUCUGCACAGAAGAAAGUAUUACCAACUUGCACGAAAACAUAGAAAAACUUAUCGACAAGCAAACAAUUCCACUUUCACGUCAGGAAGAUUUUUACGGCUCUGGACGAAGAGGGCCAAUUAGGCUGCGAUCCCACGAGAAAAUAAUUGCUGUCAGUAGAAAUCUCUCGUUACUUGUAUCUAUUGUGUAUUAGUGUCAGUACGUUCAAUCAGCAAAAAACGAUUUCAGGAAAAAGGACGACAAAAAAAUGUUCGUUUGGUUUGUUGUUGAAUAUGUUUUUGUUUUGUAACUAAUCUUUAAAAAAAUUUCGAGUAUCAAUUGUCGGUUUUGUAGUGUUGCUAAAACCUGAAAACUCGUCCACAGUAAAGUUCAUGUUAGAAUGUGCUUUGUGUUGCUAGCUCAUUUUUUUAUCACUUCUGUAUAGAUUAAGGUACAAGCAAUCUCAUGUACAAAAAACUUAAAACUUUAGGAACCAUAGCAAUAAUAUUUUAUGAACAAGACCCAAUUUUUCAAUGUUACUUUAACCCAAAAAUUGGUUUGAAGGGUCCAGGCAGUACUUUCCUUAUCAAUACAUGCGACUAAAAGUAUAGAAUUUUUAAUACACUCACACUAAAAUAAAUAAAGAAUUAAUUUUGUGAAUUUUAUUUUUUAAUGAAAGCUUUGAACCGUGGACCACUGUUUAUCUGCAACGCUACCACUGAACCACAAGACAGAGUAAACAAUAAACAAAUGUAAUAAUAAACAAAACCAAGGUAGAUUCGUAAACCACAAGUACCUACAGGAGUGUAUUAUUUCUAAGGCUGGGAUUGUAUGGUAGUGGUAAUGGUAAUUUAUUAAUUUAUUAUCCAACAGACAAAAGAUGUAUGUGGAUACUUGUACACAACUCCGGAUAAGUAUACACAAUACAUAUAACAAAACAAAAAUCAAUACAAAACCAUUAUACAACUAAUCACUAAUCACUAAAAAUUGAUAUAACGAGACAUGCAGAAAAUUCAACUGCUGUGCCGGAGAGAACCAUUUUUUUACAUAGACAAGUAAAACGAUUGAUACUUUGGAAAAAGAUGUCUACAAGUGGAGUGAUAUCAUUGCAGCUUCUACACAUAUGUAUUAUAUAUCGGCGAAUAGAAAUGUUGAUUAGUAUAGAACGUUAUAUCUGUAGAUUUGGUUAUAUUAAGUAAUAUUUAGUUUAUUAUUGUAACACUAUAUAAAUAAUAAACUUAUUAAGAUCUU